AUGAAGGUACUGCAAGCAGCAAUUUUGAUAUUUUCAAUCAUCAGUAUCACAACUGCAGGAAAAUUGAGAAUAACCGAUGGCGAUAAAGCGAAAGUCGGUGCCUACCCUUAUCAAGCUUACUUGAGAUCGGCGUCGUUCAGAGGCAACGAAGAUGAAUUAUUUUGCGGCGCGACAAUUAUCAGUGACAGAAUUUUGCUCACAGCUGCUCAUUGCAUUAGUAGAGCAAUUAUCAACUCUACCAAACUCGACAUGGAAGUCGUGGCAGGAGUUACUAAUCGAGAUGAACCGGAAGCGAUGGCCGUUUACAAAGUUCAAGACUUCAGGAUGCACGAGCACUAUGACCAUGUCGGGGAAAAAUUUACAGUAGCCACUAAUGACGUUGGUUUGAUCCGAGUAGACAAGCCAAUCGAAUUCAACGAUAAAGUUCAACCGAUUCAGUUGUCGACCGAAACACCAAAAGCUGGUUCUUUGAUCACAUCUACCGGAUGGGGCUUCACUUUAGAGGACAAAAACGCUGCACAACGUCAUUUGAACGAAGUUAAGCUGAUGGUGGUAGAUAGGGAUGUAUGCAAUAAAAAAUGGUCGCGUUUGAACAUCACAAUUCCUGAGGAUCUCAUUUGCGUAGCCGGUCAGAAUAAAGGCGAUCACUCCGAGGAUCACAAAGGAUUAUGUAACGGCGAUUCCGGUAGCUCCAAUGUACAUAACGGACGUCUCGUUGGAGUUUCGAGUGCUGUUCACUUUUGCGGUGACAGUUACGAUUAUCCGCAAUUGCUCUCGGACGUUUACCAUCACAGGUCUUGGAUCGAAACCAACAUGGAUCGUGAAGGUCACAAGACAUUUUUGCAAGCCAUUAUAUCAAAUGUUAGUGGCAAACACUGA